AAAAAAAAAAAAAAAACGUCGGCUACGUGAUAGCAACGAAGCGAUUAAUAUCGGCUUAGCUACGACAUCAUAGAGAAACACAAACGCCACCACGGAUUUUUUAUGGGACAAACGCACAGGCCUCGCUGCGAAAACGAUGCCUCACAAUAGAAGAUACGGCUCUUCAGAUAGAGAUAGCCGCACAAGCUAUCAAGACAGAUACAGAGACCGAGGACGAAGAUACCGCCACAGAAGAUCACCGACGCACUCCUCCAGUACUGAAAGAGAGCGUGACAGAAGGGGACGGGGGCACCGACAAGAAGCAAGUUAUCUACGCUCAAGGAGCCGCAGCUAUGACAAUCGCUCAACAGAACACCGGCCGUUUGACAGAAGAUACUAUGAGGGAUACAGACGACUGGAUCAAAGCCGUGAACGAGACAGGGACAGGGAGCCGCACGGAGCAGCGGAAAGCUAUUACCCUCGAGAUUUCUCCCCAAACAUGUACGACUACCGACACGGCCGCGAGAGAGAGCGUGAAAGGGAUGACUCAUACCGGCGAAAAGGCAGCAGGCGUAAGCACAAACGAAGGCGGCGUAGAACCAGGUCCUAUAGCGCUUCCUCCUCGCGGAGCGCCAGUCGGACACGGGCUCUGAGUGUGAGAGACGACGAGGAAGGGCACCUGAUCUGUCGGAAUGGGGACGUCCUGCAAGAGAGAUAUGAGGUUGUCAGCACUUUGGGGGAAGGUACUUUUGGGAGGGUGAUGCGAUGCAUCGACCAUCGAAGGGGAGGAGCCCAUAUUGCUUUAAAAAUUAUCAAGAAUGUAGAGAAAUACAAGGAAGCAGCUCGACUAGAGAUAAAUGUUCUAGAAAAGAUCAAUGAAAAAGAUCCUGAUAACAGAUACUUGUGUGUACAGAUGUAUGACUGGUUCGACUACCACGGUCAUAUGUGCAUCUCUUUUGAGCUGCUAGCUCUGAGUACUUUUGACUUUCUGAAGGAAAACAACUAUCUACCCUAUUCAAUUGGUCAAGUCAGGCACAUGGCCUACCAGCUCUGCCUUGCUGUGAAAUUUCUUCAUGACAAUAAGCUCACCCAUACAGAUCUGAAGCCAGAAAACAUCCUGUUUGUCAACUCCGAUUUUACAAUGACCUAUAAUGUAGAGAAGAAGCGAGAAGAGCGAACUGUGAAAAGCACAGCAGUACGAGUGGUGGACUUUGGCAGUGCAACUUUUGAUCACGAGCACCACAGCACCAUUGUAUCAACAAGGCAUUACCGUGCUCCUGAAGUUAUAUUAGAACUUGGUUGGAGUCAUCCCUGUGACGUCUGGAGUAUUGGCUGCAUCCUGUUUGAGUACUACUUGGGUUUCACCUUGUUUCAGACUCAUGACAACAGAGAGCAUUUGGCCAUGAUGGAAAGAAUCCUGGGUCCAGUUCCCUCUAGGAUGAUUCGUAAGACCAGGAAGCAGAAGUAUUUCUAUCGUGGACGUCUAGAUUGGGAUGAGGCCUCGUCAGCUGGAAAGUAUGUCAGAGAAAACUGCAAACCAUUAAGGCGGUAUCUGCUGUCGGAAGCAGAGGAGCACCACCAGUUAUUUGACCUCAUUGAAAGCAUGCUGGAGUAUGAGCCCUCCAAGAGGUUGACGCUGUCAGAUUCUCUCAAACACCCAUUCUUUGAGAACAGUGGCACCAGCGACGCAUCAGGCAGCAAGAACUGGGAGGGGAACCGGGACAUCAGCCGGUGACCCCUGCACUUCAGAGACUGAUCCAGAGGGGAGGUCCAGUUCCUCUCUAUUUGGAGCAGCUGAACUCCUAAACCUGGACUGGAGGUUUAUUUUGUUUUUUUGUUGGAAGUUCUAAAGCAUGGACCCCUGAACUUCCUGCAUCUCCAGCUCAACCCCUCUUGUUCAUCUCUGCCGGCACAAAUGGCAUGUCUUUUUCUUCUGUGUUUUUUUUUUUUAAGCAGAGAGAUCAGACUUAGAAAUAAGACUGGAAGAGAGUUUAAUCAUUUCCAGUGAUUACAGAUUUUAAUCCAAAGUAGCCCUCUAUGCAGCUUCUGUCUUCCUAACGACUUGGGAACACCUUCCUCACUACCAUCAGAAGAAAAACGAUGGAAAUGAACCUUUUCCACACGCAGUCAAUAAAAUAGGAAUCAGUUUGAAAGCAGAGAUCUCUCCCAGACCUCAAGUCCAGGAAAAGGGUCAAGAGGAGAUAGAGCUGUAUAUCCAGUAAAAGUUUUGCCCCAUAAACUUUGUUCUCUAAGAAGAGCAAAUACCUUAAACUUCAUCUACAAUUCAGUCCACAGCAUAGGCAUGUAUGUCCUGUUUUUGUUAAUAUUGUUAAUGAGCCAUUGCUUUUGCUUACUUUAGUGUUUUAUAUCUAAAAGAGUUGUCCCCUCCAUACAGUGAGACAAUGAUGUUGGACACUCCCCUUCCAUUAGCCUCUCUGGCCUGAUAUAUAUGACGCCCGUUUGUUUUGUUUUUCAUUGUUUUCUAAGUGUGAGUGUGUUUCUGUGUGUGUGCAUGGGCACACGGCUGUGAAUGGGAUGGGUGAUGCGUUCUCUCUCUGCUCUGUAGUUUAGUUGCGCAUUAUUAAUGGGAUCAUUCUCAUUUUAAACAAAACUGCCUUUUCCACGUUUCACAGAAGAAGUUAUGUUACAGUUAAGCACAGAAAUCCUGUUGAUGGUAUUUAUUUUCCAGUUCCUGUAGGUCGUAGUCCACAUUAUCCUCCUGAAUGUGACUUUUUUUUUUUUUUUUUUGUAUGAAAUGAAAGCGUAUAAUGCUGUAUAUAUGUAUUAUUGUGUAGAAUUAAAGUCUUCUUUGCCAAAGGUUA